AUGGUGAAGCGAGGAGGAGAAGGAGGAGUGAUAAUGGCUUCAAGAUGCCAAGACUGUGGGAACCAAGCAAAGAAGGAGUGUGUGUACAUGAGAUGCAGGACUUGCUGUAAGAGCAAAGGGUUUCACUGCCAAACCCACGUCAAAAGCACUUGGGUUCCUGUCUACAGAAGACGCCAACAGCAGCUUCCUGCAGCAGCUAUUCCUCAACAGCACCUUCAGCUUCAUCAUGAACAAGGACAUCACCACCAAAACCCUAAGAGGCCAGCUGAACACCUCACCAAUCCGUCUUCCUCAACAAGGCUAGAUCAAGAGGUGAAUUUUCCAGCUGAAGUGAAUUCCAUGGCAACUUUUAAGUGUGUUCGAGUGAGCUCAGUGGAAGACAUGGUUGAUCAGCACGCUUAUCAGACGACCGUGGUGAUCGGAGGGCAUGUAUUUAAGGGAAUUCUCUCUGAUCAAGGUCCUGAUCAUCAUCAUCAAAAUUGUUACACUACUGUAGGCCAAAGCUCCAGCUCCCAUCAUGUAUUGUUAAAUAGGAAAACUAGUAAUUCUAUUAAUGCUGCUGCAAAUACUGCUUCCACUUCAUCAGCUCCUGAUCCUGCAGACCAAGUACCACAUCAUCACCCUCCUUCUUCAUACCCAUUGAUUCCCUUUAAUGCUUUCAUGCCUGGUACGCAAUUUUUCAUUAACCCAAAAUGA